AUGGGCAAGCUUCCCCACGUAGUCGUCGUACCAGCUCCGGCACAGAGCCAUGUCAUGUCCUUAAUGAGGCUUUCCCACAAGUUGGCAGAUCAUGGAAUCAAGGUCACAUUUGUGAAUACUGAUUUCAUGCACUCAAAACUAAUGGCUCCAAUGUCUAACAAGGAUAGUCAGAUCCAUCUUGUCUCAGUUCCAGAUGGAUUGGAACCAGGUGAUGACAGAAGAGAUGUUCAGAAGCUAAACGAAUCCAUCUUGAGGGUCAUGCCUUAUCAUUUAGAAAACCUGAUCAGGAAAAUUAAGGAAUCAAAUGAGGAUGAGGAGCUCACUUGUAUCAUCACCGAUGUCACAUUCUGGUGGCCACUACAGAUAGCAGAGAAGAUGGGAAUCAGGGGAGCCGCAUUUUGGCCAGCCGCAGCAGGAACUCUUGCUUUAUCCCUUCACAUUCCUAAGCUUAUAGAAGCUGGUAUCAUCGAUAAUAAUGGAUCAAUGGCGAACAAUGAGAUGAUCCAAUUGUCUCCAACCAUACCUGGCAUUAGCACCUCUGAGUUGAUAUGGAACUGCACAGCUGAUAAGAACAUGCAAAACGCUAUCUUUGAAGCAGCACUAAAUGCUAAUAAGGCCAUCAAAGUCUGCAACUGGCUUCUCUGUAACUCUGCUCUUGAGUUGGAGCCUUGGGCCUGUGAAUUGAUACCAAACAUCCAACCCAUUGCUCCAUUGAUCUCAAGUAACUGGCAGAGGCAACCAGCUUCCCAUUUUUUGCAUGCAGAUUCAUCUUGCUUAAACUGGCUUGAUCAACAACCUCUUCGCUCUGUCAUUUAUGUUGCCUUUGGAAGCAUCUCAUUCUUGAACCAGUGCCAAUUCAAUGAACUGGCUCUUGGACUUGAAUAUGUUGCUCGCCCGUUCAUAUUGGUUGUUAGACCUGAUUUCACUGAUGAACUUGUUACCAAGUACCCAGAUGGAUUUAUAGACAGAAUAGCCAAAUAUGGAAAGAUAGUCAGCUGGGCACCUCAACAAGAGGUGCUGGCUCACCCUUCUAUUGCCUGUUUCUUUACCCACUGUGGCUGGAACUCAACCUUGGAUGCCAUAACCAUGGGUGUUCCCUUUCUUUGUUGGCCUAACAAAUUUGACCAGUUCCUACAAAAGAAUUACAUUUGUGAUGUCUGGAAAGUUGGUUUAGAAAUAAAUCCUGAUCACAAUGGGAUUGUUUCAAGGGAUGAAAUUAAAACAAAGCUUGAUCGAUUGCUUCUCGACAAAGAUAUAAUAGCAAAUUCCUCACAGCUCAUGGAAGUGGCUAAGAAGACCAUCAAUGAAGGAGGAACUUCUUUCAAUAACAUUGCGCAGUUUGUUCAACAAUUGAAGCAAUGA